AUGAAGGCUCUCAUUCUCGUCGGUGGCUUCGGCACCCGUCUGCGUCCUCUGACGCUCACUCUCCCCAAGCCGCUGGUGGAAUUCGGCAACCGACCCAUGAUCCUGCACCAAGUCGAGAGCUUGGCUGCUGCCGGUGUCACCGACAUUGUCCUGGCCGUCAACUACCGGCCCGAUGUCAUGGUCUCGGCGCUCAAGAAGUACGAGGAGCAGUACGGUGUCAACAUUGAGUUCUCGGUCGAGUCCGAACCCCUGGGCACCGCUGGUCCCCUGAAACUCGCCGAAAAGAUCCUCGGCAAGGACGACACACCUUUCUUUGUGCUGAACUCCGAUGUGAUCUGCGACUACCCCUUCAAGGAGCUCGCCGAAUUCCACCGCUCCCACGGCGAGGAGGGAACCAUCGUCGUCACCAAGGUGGACGAGCCCUCCAAGUACGGUGUCGUCGUGCACAAGCCCAACCAUCCGUCGCGCAUCGACCGCUUCGUCGAAAAGCCCGUCGAGUUCGUCGGCAACCGCAUCAAUGCCGGUAUCUACAUCAUGAACCCCAGCGUGUUGAAACGCAUCGAGUUGCGCCCCACCUCCAUUGAGCAGGAAACCUUCCCCGCCAUCUGCAAGGAUGGUCAACUCCACUCCUUCGACCUCGAGGGCUUCUGGAUGGAUGUCGGUCAGCCCAAGGAUUUCCUCACCGGCACCUGUCUCUACCUCUCCUCCCUGGCCAAGCGGAAUUCCAAGAAGCUGGCCGCCAACUCGGAACCCUUUGUCUACGGCGGCAACGUCAUGGUCGACCCCUCGGCCAAGAUUGGAAACAACUGCCGCAUCGGUCCGAACGUGGUCAUUGGCCCCAACGUCGUGAUUGGCGAUGGUGUCCGUCUCCAACGUUGCGUGGUGAUGGAGAACAGCAAGAUCAAGGAUCACGCGUGGAUCAAGUCCACCAUUGUCGGAUGGAACAGCUCUGUUGGUCGCUGGGCGCGUCUCGAGAACGUGACCGUUCUCGGUGACGAUGUGACCAUUGCCGAUGAGGUCUACGUCAACGGUGGCUCAAUCCUGCCGCACAAGAGCAUCAAGCAGAACAUUGAUGGUAAGUGA